AAUGCCGAUGGUUAUGGUACUUAUCAUCCUUACGGACUGAGGGUUCAAAAAAGAUUCGAAGAUGAAGGUUUAGAUGUUGAGGUUACUGUUAGUGGAGUUCCCGGUGAAUGCGUUGUCCAAUCUAUGGAAGAAAGAUUAAAGCAUGAGUUAGAACAACCGGGUAAAUGGUAUGACUGGGUUGUCAUCCUAGGAGGAACAAAUGAUGUGAUCAAUGGAUAUUCUGCAUGGGAUAUCUUUGAUGGUUUAAAAAAAUUAUAUACAUUAUGUUCAAAACACGGUGCUAGAGUGUUGGGAGUAACGAUUCCUGAAUUUGACUGGCGUAGAAUCUUUUGGGAUCAUGAUGGUAUUCAUCCCACGGAGGACGGUUAUAGUUUAAUGGGUGAUAUGGUAUGUUGA